CGGGGGGCCGACGAGGAAGUGGAAUUGGAGGGCCUGGAGCCCCAAGACCUGGAGGCCUCCGCUGGGGCGGCCGCCGCUGCCGCCGAGGAAACCAAGGAGUUGUUGCUCCCCCAAGACGCGGGUGGCCCCACCUCGCUGGGCGGCGGUGGCGCGGGGGGCCCUUUGCUAGCGGAAAGGAACCGUCGGACUCUGGCCUUCCGAGGAGGCGGCGGGGGUCUCGGCAACAAUGGUAGUAGCCGCGGCCGCCCCGAGACCUCGGCGUGGCCCCUGAGGCAUUUCAAUGGGCGAGGGCCGGCGGCUGUGGAUCUGGAGCUGGACGCUCUGGAGGGGAAGGAGUUGAUGCAGGACGGCGCGUCCCUGAGCGACAGCACCGAAGACGAGGAGGAGGGGGCGAGCCUGGGCGACGGCAGCGGGGCGGAAGGCGGCAGCUGCGGUAGCAGCAGGCGGUCGGGCGGCGAUGGCGGGGACGAAGUGGAGGGCAGCGGUGUGGGAGCUGGUGAAGGAGAGACUGUCCAGCACUUCCCACUUGCGCGACCCAAGUCCCUGAUGCAGAAGCUGCACUGCUCCUUCCAGAGCUCCUGGCUCAAAGAUUUUCCCUGGCUGCGGUAUUCCAAGGACACUGGCCUUAUGUCUUGCGGCUGGUGCCAAAAGACCCCUGAGGACGGGGGAAGCGGGGACCUUCCUCAAGUAGGGCAUGAUGAGCUUUCGCGAGGGACCCGCAACUACAAGAAAACCCUGCUCCUGAGGCACCACGUCUCUACCGAGCACAAAGCCAACGCCCAGGAGUCAGAAAUACCAUCAGAGGAGGGGUACUGUGACUUUAAUAGUAGGCCAAAUGAGAACUCUUAUUGCUAUCAACUACUUCGACAACUAAAUGAACAGAGAAAGAAAGGUAUUCUUUGUGAUGUCAGCAUUGUGGUGAGUGGAAAAAUCUUUAAAGCUCAUAAGAACAUCCUGGUUGCAGGCAGCCGUUUCUUUAAGACUUUGUAUUGCUUUUCAAACAAAGAAAGCCCUAACCAAAACAAUACUACCCAUUUAGAUAUUGCUGCAGUUCAAGGUUUUUCAGUCAUCUUGGACUUCUUGUAUUCUGGUAACCUGGUGCUCACAAGCCAAAAUGCCAUUGAAGUGAUGACAGUGGCCAGCUAUCUUCAGAUGAGUGAAGUUGUUCAAACUUGUCGAAAUUUCAUUAAAGAUGCCUUAAAUAUAAGCAUUAAAUCGGAAGCUCCGGAGUCUGUAGUUGUGGACUAUAAUAAUAGAAAGCCAAUUAAUAGAGAUGGUCUGUCUUCAUCACGGGAUCAAAAAAUUGCCAGCUUUUGGGCUACACGGAAUCUCACCAACUUGGCAAGUAAUGUGAAAAUUGAAAAUGAUGGUUGUAAUGUCGACGAGGGCCAAAUAGAUAACUACCAAAUGAAUGACAGUAAUUGGGUCCAGGAUGGUUCUCCUGAAUUGGCUGAAAAUGAAUCUCAAGGUCAAACAAAAGUGUUUAUUUGGAAUGAUAUGGGCUCCCAGGGUAUUCAAGAGACUGGCAAAACAAGGAGGAAAAACCAAACUGCAAAGCGAUUUAUUUAUAAUGUACCACCUAAUAAUGAAACAAAUUUAGACGAUUGCUCAGUGAUGCAGCCACCUGUUGCCUAUCCAGAAGAAGAUCUGUCGUUCAUCAAGGAAGAACCAGAUUUGGAUGGUGCUCUACUCUCAGGGCCAGAUUGUGAUAGAAACGUGAAUGCAAGCUUGUUGGUUGAAGCCGGCUCCGGUCAAGAUGGAAGUGAUGCUGGUACUUCACAUGAUUUCAAGUAUGGGUUGAUGCCCGGCCCUUCAAGCGAUUUCAAGUAUGGAUUGAUACCGGGUACUUCAAAUGAUUUUAAGUAUGGAUUGAUACCAGGUGCUACAAAUGAUUUCAAGUAUGGACUAUUGCCCGAAUCUUGGCCAAAACAAGAAGCUUGGGAAAAUGGUGAAUCAUCUCUAAGCAUGAACAAGUUAAAAUGCCCUCAUUGUAGCUAUGUAGCCAAAUACAGACGAACACUAAAAAGGCACUUGCUCAUUCAUACAGGAGUGAGAUCAUUCAGCUGUGAUAUUUGUGGAAAGCUGUUUACUCGAAGAGAGCAUGUAAAAAGACAUUCCUUGGUGCAUAAAAAGGAUAAAAAAUACAAAUGUAUGGUGUGUAAGAAGAUCUUCAUGUUAGCAGCCAGUGUUGGAAUAAGACAUGGAUCUCGACGCUAUGGUGUUUGUGUAGACUGUGCAGAUAAAUCACAACCAGGAGGACAAGAAGGUGUAGAUCAGGGACAGGAUACAGAUUUCCCUCGGGAUGAAGAAUAUGAGGAGAAUGAAGUAGGAGAAGCUGAUGAAGAGCUGGUUGAUGAUGGAGAAGAUCAGAAUGAUCCAUCUCGAUGGGAUGAGUCAGGAGAUGUUUGUAUGUCUCUAGAUGAUUAACUGAUCUACUAUACUCCUCAAGGAUGCUGCAUUUGGACAUAACAUGAAUCAGCAAUUUGAAUUGUUGAACUUGAAGGCUUGCAUAAUAUGGUACAUAAUAUGGUAGUUACGUUGCUGUGAAAACUGUAGGGUCAAAGCCUUAUAGCAAAAAAAAUUUUUUUAUAUUUGCACAGGACUGUACAGCAAACAACCUUGUGGUUGGAUUACAUGGAGUCCCCACAUACUCAGUCACUUAUCAGAGUAAAAAUAUUUUUUAUUUAUAGGAUAGACAGUAACUCUUUGGGUCCUAUAAAAAUAUAGUACCUGUCCUUACAGAGCUUACAUUCAUGUGCCACUUCAACAUGAAUGAAGAAAAUCCAUUUAUGGAAGUAGUGACAGCUGAUCCAAUCAUUCUUUCCAUCAAACCACUCAGGCUAGUUUGUACUAGUGGAGUUUUGUUUCUGUUAUUUUUAUUUUUUUUUAAUACAGAUUUUCAGUGAGGGGCUUUUUCAAGAAACCCCAUUGAUUCUACUUCCUUGUAUUUUCCAUUUCAAUUUGCUUUAUAACUUAAACCACGUCUCUUCUAGCCGUAGGUAUUAUUUUUCAAUUUUGUGCUGAUAGGCAUGUUUAUCAGAACUGGAGAGGUAAUUUAUUGGAAUGAACUAACUGACUUCCUCCAUUCCCCCUUUCCUUUUUGACAUGAAUUUUACUACUUCACAAAUGUUAGAAUGAUGUUGCAAAGUUACCGUGGUGAAGUGGACAAAUACCACUAAAACGAGUAUGAUUUAGUAGUAAUUUUCUCCUGCUGCUUUAAUCAGAUAAAUGGUUACUAUAUGACGUUUUC